AGUGAAAGUGUGGGGAAACAUAUGCUUGAAGCAUGCAACAAUAAUCUGGAAAUGGCUGUUACCAUGUUUCUGGAUGGUGGAGGCAUAGCAGAAGAGCCCAGCACCAGUUCGGCAGGGGUAUCAGCUGUCCGGCCCCACACAGAGGAUGAAGUACGAGCACCGAUUCCACAAAAACAAGAAAUUUUGGUAGAACCUGAGCCUUUGUUUGGGGCUCCUAAAAGACGCAGACCUGCCCGUUCAAUAUUUGAUGGCUUUCGGGAUUUUCAAACAGAAACCAGGGGCGGCACAGUUCGACAGGAGCAGGAGCUGCGGAAUGGAGGGGCAAUAGAUAAGAAACUCACUACCCUUGCAGACCUCUUCAGGCCUCCUAUUGACCUGAUGCACAAAGGCAGCUUUGAAACAGCCAAAGAAUGUGGACAGAUGCAGAACAAAUGGCUCAUGAUUAACAUCCAGAAUGUGCAGGACUUUGCAUGUCAGUGUCUUAACCGUGAUGUCUGGAGCAAUGAGGCAGUGAAGAACAUUAUCCGGGAACAUUUCAUAUUUUGGCAGGUAUAUCAUGACAGCGAGGAAGGGCAGAGGUACAUACAAUUUUAUAAACUGUCAGACUUCCCUUACGUCUCCAUCCUGGAUCCCAGGACAGGCCAGAAAUUAGUGGAGUGGCACCAACUGGAUGUAUCUUCUUUCUUGGACCAAGUGACUGGGUUCCUGGGUGAGCAUGGACAACUGGAUGGACAUUCCACCAGCCCUCCCCAAAAAUGUUCUCGCUCUGAGAGCCUCAUUGAUGCUAGUGAGGACAGUCAGCUGGAAGCUGCCAUCCGGGCCUCCCUGCAGGAGACGCAUUUUGAUUCCUCCCAGGGCAAACAAGAAAACCGAUCAGAUGAGGAAUCUGAAUCUGAGCUUUUCUCAGGAAGCGAGGAGUUUAUUUCUGUUUGUGGCUCAGAGGAGGAGGAGGAGUCAGAGAAUCCUGCCAAGUCUAGGAAGUCUCCCCACAAGGACCUGGGAUACAAAAAAGAAGAGAGCCGGAGGCCCCAGCCUGAGCCUCCUGCAAGGACUGAUCCUGGGACAACAUCAAAUCACAGAGUUUUGCCCUGCCUUGAUGCUGGGAUCGUGGAGGAGUCGGUUGACAAGCCAGAAAGUGCUGUAGAGGGACUAGAUGUGAAUGGACCAAAGGCGCAUCUGAUGCUAAGGUAUCCAGAUGGAAAGAGGGAACAAAUUUCAUUGCCUGAACAAGCUAAACUUCUGGCUCUUGUGAAACACGUCCAGUCAAAAGGAUACCCCAAUGAACGUUUUGAACUCCUUACCAACUUCCCUCGGAGGAAGCUUUCUCAUCUGGACUAUGAUAUCACAUUACAGGAGGCAGGCCUAUGUCCUCAAGAGACUGUUUUUGUGCAAGAAAGGAAUUAGCACCAUAGCCUGAGCUCUCUCCCAGCCUUCCUCUCCCCUCCUCUCUGCCCUUGAUAGCAACUCACAGAGUAUGCAGUUGGGGUCAUGCGAAUGCAGAGCUGAAAUUGGGCAGGCAGCCUUCUCCUAGUCCAGUGACCAAACAAGAAUUCCAGAACAAAUUUCCCUAUCAGGCCAAGGGAAAGGCAUCCUUCCUUCACGUUUUGGAACAAAAGGGUAAUCUGUGCAUCCAUUAUGUGGGGGUAGGAACAGCUGUAACAAGCAAAAAUAUUUAAUGCUGCCACUCUUAAAUCUAUUUUGUUUUAUUGAGAUAUACGUGACAAAGCACUGAGUCAUCUCCCUGCAGAGGGAGAAUAAUCUGGAGUAGGGAUUUUUCCUUUUAUUUUGGUUUUCUGCGCAGAAGUCUUCAUUAACCUAAUUUGUCCUGCCCUCUGCAGAAAGCUGAUUUGUGGAAAGGCUAUGGGGUAAGGUGUGUUUGGGAUAGCCUUUAAGGAUUCAGCCCUGGACAGCGUGUUAGAUUACAUAAGCGUCUCCCUCCCCCAUUUCCCUACUCAUCAAGUGACUUCUUGCUUUAAACAUGGGUGUGCUGUCCCUGGAUUUGAUGAAAACCCAACAUAUCUGAUACAGUAAUUGAAUACUUAAUGUGGAGCUAAGGUUUUCUCUUUUCUUUCACGAAACCUUAUUAGGAUAAUUCUUAUUUUGCUUAUCCUAACAUGUUUCCAUUUCCAUUUUUCCUUUCUUUUUUUUUCCUUGACAGAAUUUUACUGGCUACGUUAGGUGGUAGGAUAUUGUAAGGUUCUCAAACUUGCUGGAAAAUAUUUGCCAUCACAUCUUUAAAAUAGAUCUGAGCCUCUUUCCUUGGAAGGAAUUCACCUUUUGCAGGACUCUUGGGCUAUCAGGAAGGGAAGUCCUAGUGCUGAGGUUCCUUUUGUUUUAAGUUUUACGAAACCCUUCUUGAUGGGACUCUCUACCAACAUAGAAAGCAGGCUGGCUUGAGCACUCCUGGCAGUUGGUGUGCCUGAAGUUCCAUUUCCUGUCUGCAUCUACAAUGAGAGAGAGAGACUUACUUACUAAUAAGUUUUAAAGCUUGUGUAAAGCAACAGUAAUGGAUUUGUCAGUACAAUCUGUUUUCUCUCUCUCUAAAUUAUAGCAGCCGGUACCAGAAGCCAGGCAGGUGUUGUGGCUAAAUUGUCAACUAACUAAGCAUAAUGCAGUAUACAGGACAGUGCUGCUCAGUCAGUUUUUCACCAUAUAAUGUUCAUUCUCCUAGAAGCUUUACCUGGAGUGUGAGCUGGUGGUCAGUCACUGUUCAAGGAUUUGUGGUGGACAACAUAGUGAGAUAAAAUUCUUUACAUAUCCUUCUACAGACAUUACUAUUGAAGCCAGGUGCUCAUUUUGUUUUCUGCACUUACAUCAAGCAAUUUAUUUUCCUGUAUGAUAUAUAAGCAGGCCAAAGUCAGGUCCUGCUAGGACUGUCAAUUUGCUUGACAGAAGAUUAGGCCUUCUCUACAAGUUAAUUCCACUAUGGUUUGUCAGGAAACAUUAGUGGUGUUAUAGCAUCAGGGAAAUGGAAUAUUCUUUUCUCUCUAGGAAAUAACUGUUGCCAGCAUAAAUUGAUCAUACAGUUAGGCAUAUACCAUGGGAUAGCACAGUGCUUUUGCCUUUAAAUUCACUCAAGGCUCCAUAUAGACUGUAGCAUUAAAGAAUCAUGCAUGAGAGAUCAUAGGGGUUAUUCACAAGAAAUAAACUGCAGCCUAAUUGUCCUCUCCCCCAAAAACCGUUAGAGUUUUUUGUAUAAUAAUGAAUUAUAUAAAUAUUUAAAUAUAUAAGACUUUCUGAAUGCACUUAGUCGAAAUGUAUGAAGUGCAUUCAGUGAUACCACUGUGCAUUCUGCUACAGGAUAUUUAGUUGUGAAAACCAAUCUUGAUGGCCAUUUUGUGGUCAGUGCGCUGAGUCACUUCCAAGGUGACAUGUUGGGAUUCAUACCUAAUCACUCAUCAGUGUCAGAAUUAUUCUUGUAGGCUACCCCCCUGUUGCAUUAAUGAGUAAGAGAACUUCAAGAACCCAAAUUAAAAAGGGAUGUGUUGUUUGAGGAUAAAGGGACAAUAGUUUCUGUAAAAUGGAGGAUCAUCUGGAUUUGAGAAUAAAAGACCACAAAAAUAUUAACUUGGAUGUUUGGAUGUGCUAGGGAGAGGUAAAUCCCUAACAUUUAGUUUUUAAAAGUUGCAUUUUCUGAGGUUUCAGGGGUCUGAAAUGAUUGGCCGCGAACUUAAUUUGCUCAAAGCUGUCUUGUUUCUCCCUAGUUGGUUAAUUUGUCUUUGAAGAAGUUGAGGAAGGGUACAAGAACACCAAGACUCACGUCUAGUUUCUGUGCAUGGCUGGGCUUUCUUGCCUGCCAAAUUGUUCAAGGUUGUAAACUUUAUGAAUGUCUCCUGAUGCCCUAUGAAACACUUCAGGGAGCUUUGGCAGUUCCUCUAGCUUUGGGGUUCUGGCUACAUGGCUAGGGUCACUCACUAUUCAAAGCAAUAUUCUGAUUGGUCAGUUGUUCUCGUGGCCCACAUCCACCCAGUGGUGAGCAGCAGGGAUCUUGCUAAAGCAUUGGUCUUUUGCAUUUAAUGAGUGCAAAGGAACUCUUCCAACGCCCAUGUUUAAUGAAAAUCUGGCUUCAGUUGCAAGGCAGCCAAAGGCCAGCAAAAAUCAUAUGACAUUCUUUGACUCAUCCAUAGGGAGCUCAUCUCUCUCAUACUGAUUAUCUCAAUAUCAGAAAACUGAAUUGAGAGUCUUGAACCGGUUCUUAAUUCAGGUUUGUGUUAAAAGCAGUUUGGUUACUUUUUUACAAGAGAGCACAUGUUACAGCCAUUGAGUUCUCAGUGUAGCUCGUGAAUACCAGAAAGAAUUCUCAUGAGGUCAGUUGAUGCUGUUUCUUAAUUUCACUGGAAAGGCUACUGUUGGGAGAUGCUUUCUCUUCAACCCUCUGAACCAGAGUAUGCCAUUUGGCAGCCCUAGCCUUUGCAGGCCUAAGAAAUGGGAUGAGAUGCAUCCUGUAAUGCACUGCAACAGCUGUGACAGGCCUGUAACCUUUGCCAGGUUGGCUGUUUACCUCACUGUAUGAGGAAGGGUGUGUUAAGUGGUCUUUGUCACAGCUGUAUCUCAGCCUCAGUAUCUUGAAACAGAUUAUUUUGGAAUAGAAUAGAGGGGGAAAGGUCUCAAAUUUGAAUCGUUUGUGGGCUAGCAAAGCAAAUGUGACUUGGCAGUGGUCUUGUGUAAUGUCCCAUGUAAACUGUUCGUUCUCACUUGUCUAUUUACUUCCUAGGUUAGUUAUGAGUUGUCCUAGGGAGUAGAGAGAUGUACAUAUGCCAUGGGGAGUCAGUAUCCUAGGCUGAUACUGGAUUGAAUAGCUAUGUCUGUUCUCUUGAUUAACAUUUCAAACUCUCAUGCUUUGCAGCUAAGGAGCAACUACUUAAAGAUGUUUUCCUCACGUACCAUUAAUUUUAUUUUGCUCUCUCUCAGUUGAUUUCUUGAAAAUAAAUCAUGUAUAUCAUAGUUAAUUGUGACUAGAAGUAGCCAAAGUGUCCCUUCAAAAGUAUAAGAAAUGGAGCAAUGGUUUGAAAGCUCAUGUGGGUACAUCUGCGUCUCCCAAGUCACUGGGAGCCCUGACCUGCUUGUCCUUCACUAUCCUGGAAAUUAGAGUGUUAUUAUAUCAAGGCUUAUACUAAAGUAAGCUGACUAGCAGCUUCACCGAAACCAUGCUCUACUGGCCUCCAGUAGGUAGUUGAGGUCUGAUCAAAAGCCACAAAGAGCCAUGCCCAUUGACAACAGAAGGCUUUGAAUCACGGUCUAAGAUAUUUACACUCCCUACCCAUCUUCAGCUUUAUUUUUUAUUAUUGUACUCCCUGGGGAGUCAUCAGAUUUGAUCUUACAUUUUUAAUUUUAUAUAAAGUAGUCUUCUUGUCUUUUUUUUAAAUAUUAGCAAAUUAAUGGUGAUACAAUAGGGUUUCCAAAGAUGUCACUUCUGUUAGAAGCUGAUUAGACGGUUUGCAUCAAAAUGAUUUCCAAAAGUAACCACAUCUGAACCUGCUUUACAAAGAGUGACAUUUAAUCUAAGAAAAUGGAAAGUGUCUGUAUUGUGUUAAUACUUGAGUUUUCUUAAAUAAUCCCAAAUGUAGGAUUAUCAUGGUUUACAUGACUGCUAGACACUUUUAAUGAAGCACACUUGUAUGAGAAACUGCUACAGUUCUUAAAAUGAACAGAUGGAACAAAAACAUAACUUCUACACAGCCCUCUUUUUAUAUGUUUUUCUUUCAGGAGAUUUUUUUUCACAUAGUUGCACAGGGUACACUUUAAAAUGUGACUUAGUCUGAAAUCCUGUGACUAUCAUGUCUUGAUUCUUCUUGUUGCUUCCUUGUCGCAUUCACGUUACAAAAGUUGGAAUGAGCUACGUGAUUGAGUCUGCUUAGAACAUAGCUCAAUUUUCCGAUUCUGGAAUCUUAAAUCCAGAUUGCUUCUGAGCCCCAUCUGUCUGGCUGCUGAGAACUCACUUUUGUUGUUAAACAGACUCAGCAUGAUAUACAUAGGUGCCUUCACCUUUGCAGUUCUGGUGACUUUCCCUGUAGAGCCAGGAAACAGAAUUGUGUAUGUAGCUGUGUGUUGCAGGUCAGUUCAUUACCAGUUGUUGCCCUGUUACUGUGGGAGCCAUGUGACUUCUAGGUCAGUUCAUACAACUAAUUAGUGAAAUUGCUGAUUAGAAUAUAACCCUACUCAUUUGGCAUCAGAAAUCUGGUUUUAUGCUUGUCAAGUUUGCUCUUUAUAGUUGGAGUAGUGAUUUCAUCAGUACCAAAGAACCAUGCCAGCGCUUGUGAAUGUAUGGGUAUGCUUUGGAUGUGUUAGGUAUGAAGGCUAACAGGCUUCCAUCACUUGAAGAUUGGGUACUCGUUGUAACAGUGUGUUAACACUUCUGAUUGUGCUCAUUCUUUUUUUUUUAAUCCUUUUUUCUGUUCUUUAUGUAAAAACUAGAACUGUUAAUAAAAUAACUGAAAACUGGGUCACAUUUUUACCCACACAAAUAAGCUGGGUGAGCCUAGAUGAGUUGGAAAUCCCAUCAAUUUCCCUGUUCUAAUUCCAUUUUUCCAGGUAAUGAAAACAUUUUGACCAAUGUCUAUUAAAAUCUGCGUACACUACUGUUACAGUUAUUCUGGGUGGAUGAUCUUGCAAGUGUUCUCUCUUGUAUGGCAGGAGUGCUAGAUUUUAUUCUAUUUAUGCUUUGCUGUUUUAAUCUUGAGCCUGUGAGGUUAAUGGGCAUGGAGGAGAACUUUAUUCCAAUCUCUCCUUAAUUGUGAGAUCACUUAGUGGCUAUUCCUGCCCAAUAAAAGUAGUUGUACUGGAGAAUGCGACACCUGGUGAUACUGUCCUGUGCCUCAUGUUGCAUCCAUUUUACCCUCCAGCUUCACA